CUGUGCACUCGAGAGCCGGACGCGGAAAUCGAGCAGGUAGAUCAAGAGUUAGACGUUUUGCAGGAAAACCAAAUACUCAAGGACAAGGUAGUUGAGCUAGAGGAACUGAUUUUGCAGGCCAGAAACCACCAAGACAGCGAUGAAAGCCCACAGGACCUUGAAUUCGAGCCAAUCGAGGAUAAUAAUUGGAGUUAUUACGUUCACGCAAUCGCCUCUACCAAACAGAUGUGUCUAGGAUGGUUGAGUGAGGAAACAGGUCUAGCUGACACUGAGGAUUGGCUGCUGGCAGAUUACGAGGACCCGACCGUGGAAAAUGAGGAUGUGUGGUGCUACCACUACGAAAAGGUCAAAGGCCUACAAAAGCACGUUUCGGACAAAAUACUCCAGGAAGCACGUAAUGUUUCAUUUUUGUAUAACGUGAUAGACUGGAAUCAGUUUUGGACGGAAUAUAACAAACACUGGGAAACUGAGACAGAGCGACAUAUUGCACCAUUCUACUCCAAAGACAAAUGGAAGUAUCUCUUUAUGUGCCAAUAUUACUUGUUAUUAUGCAUUGGGUUAUACUACUCGGAUGACUGUCUCCAGCAAGAAAUUGGGUACUCUAGCGAGGAGUGGGAGUUAUUCCCCAAGGUGUUUUUUUCGUGUGCUUUCCAGUGUUUGAUGCGUGGACGGAUUCUCACCUACCCCGAUGUGAUGUCUGUGCAGUGCUUCUGUCUUUUGCGAUUAUGUUCUCCAAUGCUGGGCGGUUAUAACUUGCAGAAUUGUUUGCUGGAAGUCAUGUGCUACCACGCACGGCUGCUGGAUCUCGACAAGUUAUCUGCCUCAGACGACAGUACCAAAAUUUUGUGUUGGUGGUCGCUGGUUAUCAUCGACUGGCACGACUCGGAUUUUCGCUACUCCUCCAUCCAACUGAAUAGCUUUUCUACGCCACUGCCUUGCAAAUAUGCACUAGAUAAGAGGAUCAACGAGCAUAGCUACUACCAUUUUUUCAACGCGCGGGUUGCGCUUAUCAAGAAACGGUAUUACUAUAACCCAUCCCCAUCGCUAGACCAACUUAUAACUGCAGAGGCAGAGCUUCACGAGCUCGAGAUGGAGCAGGCAUCCGACCUGGAGCAAUUUUCUUCUAGCAUGCCGUGCUCGCUACAAAUCAAAUUUCUUAUCAAAUUCAUUUUGCUGUACGAGAAACUCACCAUCUGUUGCAAGAUCGCCUCCUGUAUAUCCAAGUCUGAGUGGCUCCAAAAAUACCACCGCCGUUCCUUUGCACAUGCCGACCAGAUCGUCCGGAUCUACCUGUCUCCCGAUACCCCGACAGCAUACAGAAAGCCGUGGUUCCUGGCCGAUAUGACGGUGUCGGCAAUGGUAUUUCUCCUGGUGGACGCAUUUCUCAACGAGCACGCCAUUUGUACACAGGAAAAAGCUGUUGGGGUGGCCCGGCAGCUUGUUGCCGUGCUGACCUCUUUUUCGCAGCUAAUGCGACCAGCUUUGCGUGGGGCACAGGUUAUUGAGAGAUUGGUUGAUUUUUUAAUUCGCGACGCUAGCGGAAUAGCCAGAGAUAUUGCCGAGUCUAGCUCGUCUCCUGUUCAUUAUGGCGGCCUCUUAGAGAGUCCUUGGCACGAGCUGUCACAUACGUUUAGCGAAAGCCCUUCGGCUCGCGAUUACAAAUCACCGGCUUAA